GCGCCCGGGCCUGGCCCGCGCUGCCGGCGGGACGCCCAGUGCCGCUGCUGCGCUCUCCGGGCAGUCACCGCCGCCGCCCCGCUCCGCCAUGUCCCGGUGCCUCGGUGCAGCCAGUUGGUGCUGAAGGUCCCUGAGAACGGUCUUCCCGGGUGGAUACGUAGCUUUGCUUUCGUUGCGAGCAGAGAUGAGGACAGCAGAGGACUCAAACGGGACAGUCCUGCACCGCCUAAUCCAGGAGCAGCUGCGCUAUGGGAACCUGACAGAGAACCGCACGCUGCUGGCCAUCCAGCAGCAGGCCCUGCGUGGCAGCGGUGGUACUGGUGGUGCCGGCAGCCCGCGCUCCUCCCUGGAGAGCCUCAGCCCAGAAGAAACACAAAUGGUGCAGCAGUCCACUCGGCAGGAGCCCCAGGGCCAGGAGCAUCAUUCAGACCAUGUUUACUUGGAGAACAGUGUCUUUCGGCUCUGCCAGCCCCAGCACAAGGGCGAGGAGCUUCCAACCUAUGAGGAGGCCAAGGCACAUUCCCAGUACUACGCCUCUCAGCGGGCCGGGCAGCAGCCUGGAGGGACCAGCCUGCUGAUCCAGGGUGAAAGCAGCCCCCGUGGGGCUGAGAGUGGCACCCGACGCCCUGAUGAAGGGCUGAAGGACCUGAAGCACGGCCACGUGCGGUCGCUCAGCGAGCGGCUGAUGCGGUUGUCACUGGAGAGGAAUGGAGCCAAAGCGCAGAGUCCCAUCAGCACCUCCCACAGCUACCCCCAGCUCUCCCGCCACCACCAACUUGCUGCUCCCCAAGGACAGUAUCCUGAGGGGCCAGAGCUGCGGGGACCUCCUCCGGAGUAUCCUUACAUCAUCCCUUCCCAGGACACUUACCUGGCCAAACCCCAACCCUGCUCCCAGGAAGGUCCUGGAUUUCAGCAUCCUGAAAUCAGGGUGCUGUCCACCCAUGUCCCUGCUGCUUUCCUGCCACCACCAGGUGCCCUGUGCCCGGGCACACUGAGCCCUGCUGGUGUAGAGGCACUGGUGAGUGCCCAGGCGGUCUCAGCUGGCAGCCGCCUGGCCCGAGCAGAUGUAGUCCUGCGGGAGAAUGAGAGGCUGCAGCGGGAGAAUGAGAAGCUGCGGCGGGAGCUGGAGAGCUACGCCGAGAAGGCCAGCCGCAUCCAGAAGCUGGAGAGUGAGAUCCAGCGCAUCUCGGAGGAUUAUGAAAACCUUGUCAAGGCGUCUUCCAAGCGGGAAGCCUUAGAAAAAGCCAUGAGGAACAAGAGAGAUGGUGAGAUGCGACGGCUUCAGGACUUCAACCGGGAUCUGAAAGAGCGGUUGGAAUCUGCAAACAAGCAACUGGCCAGCAAGACCCAGGAAAGCCAGGAGAGCAACCAGGGCAGUGUGGCCAAACUCCUGGCACAGAGCUAUGAGCACCAGCAGGAGAAGGAGAAGCUGGAGAGGGAGGUGUCCCUGCUGCGCAGUGCCAAUGAGGACCAGCGGCGCCGGGCAGAGCUGCUGGAGCAGGCACUGGGCAGCGCCCAGGCACGGGCAGCCAAGGCGGAGGCUGAGCUGCGGAAGAAGCGAGCCUAUGUGGAGAAGGUGGAGCGGCUGCAGGCUGCGCUGGGCCAGCUCCAGGCCGCCUGUGAGAAGCGGGAGCAGCUUGAACUGCGGCUCCGCACCCGCUUGGAGCAGGAGCUGAAGAUGCUGCGGGCUCAGCAGAGGCAGGCGAGUGCUGCAGGCAGGGGAAUGCCAGAGCUGAGUGCUCACUCACUCUCUGAGCAGCUGAGGGAGAAGGAGGAGAAGAUCCUGGCCCUGGAGGCUGACAUGACCAAGUGGGAGCAGAAGUAUCUAGAGGAGUGCACCAUGCGACAGUUUGCCAUGGAUGCCGCAGCCACUGCAGCCGCCCAGCGGGACACCACCCUCAUCAGCCACUCCCCACGACACUCUCCCAACAGCAGCUUCAAUGAGGACCUCCUCCUGGCCAGCCACAAGCACCAGGAGAUGGAGAACAGGUUAAAAGCCCUUCAUGCCCAAAUCCUGGAGAAAGAUGCUGUCAUCAAGGUCCUGCAGCAGCGCUCACGGAGGGACCCCAGCAAAGCCCUCCAGGGCUCCCUGCGGCCAGCCAAGUCUGUGCCCUCUGUCUUCACUGCCUCUGCUGCACCGAGCUGGCUAGGGGCUGGCCAGGGUGACCGACCAGCUGAAGGCAGCUCCCAGGACAGCACAGCAGGCAAAGCCACUGAAGAAGGGGCAGCAGUGCCUGCCACCCUUCCCCUGCCCUCCCACUCCAAGCACGGCAGCAAGGAUGGCAGCACACAGACAGACCGGGCAGCUGAGAGCAACAGCCGGAGCGAGGGCACUGAGCAUCCGGCCACUUUGCUGGAGAGCUCAGCUGCUGCCAGAGCCCUGGACCUGUCUGACAUUGUAGAGAUCCUGAUUUGACGGCAGUCAGGGGCUGCAUGCCCACCCCUCCGCCGUCCCUGCCUGACACACCGGCAGAGCCACCCUGUCUGCAGCUGCCCAGGAUAGAGGAGUUUGCAUGAAGGACUGAGCCAGGAGCUCAGCAACAUCCCUACAGCCAGUCUCUGCGGGUGGCCCCUGUGUGCGGAAGGGCCACUGUCCCAGCUCAGCACCCCCAGGAGUCCCCAGCUGCGCAGGGCGCGCUGGAGCCCAGGGACCCCACAGCAGUGCUGGGGUUUCCUGAUGCCCCUGUAAAUACACCCAGGUUUUGUAUGACAGGAGCAAACUGACUGAUCCUUUCAGCCUCUUCUCCUUCCUGAGGCAGGAGACUUCUUUGCAUUCCCUCCUAUGCUGGCUCCAUCCCUGUCCUAUCUUUGGGUCUUGGCCAUCCACUCCCACCCAGGUGCUUGGUCUCUGACUAGAAGAUCCCUCUGUUCACCCAUACUGUCCUUUUAAGCCGACAUUGCUGCAUGAGGGCAGAAGCAGCAGGGAUCCUCCGUAAGUCCCAUCAGCCACCUGCACCUACGUGGCCAAGCCAAGUGCUGUUAACUCCAAACCUCCACCAUCUGCAUCCAUCACCUGCAUCCUGGGUUUUUAUCAUGGGUGGGUGAGGGGAUCAGGAUGGGGUGGUGGUGAAAUAAGAGAGAAAAUGGUUGAUAAUCAAGGGAAUGAAGGGUGGAAAAGAAAUAUCCCUGAAAGCAGAGAUUAAAUGCUCAGAGUGAACUGACAGCAGCUGAUGGAGCCAGUGGGGUGUGCCAUUCCUGGCUUCAUCCCUCCUCAUCCCUGGCUACUGGCAGCUGGCUUCUGCCCAUAGCCAGUGCCAACAUCUUGCUCCUCCAAGUUCCAACACUUCUCGUCCCUACCCUUCAUGUAUAUA